AUGGAUAGAAGUAGUGAUGAUACCAAUUUUAAGGAGCUGAAUUCAUUCGAAUUAUCUUCGAGUAGAUCUUCCAGUCCGAGUGAUUUGUCAAGCAGCUCACCCAAAAAUGGACAUUUCAGCUCCUCGCCAAUACUGUCUAACUUAUCUCUGUUGUUUAGUAAUUUGAGAGCAAACGAUGGAAAGGUUUUUGAUAAGGAUAUGGGGUCUGCUGAGAGUGAUAACUCUGCAGUGAAGAUCGGAAGAGCUGCGUUGAAGUUCUUGAAUGAUGGGAAGUCUCUGGAAGAUUUAGCAAUUAAGCAAUCGCAUAUUACGAGGAGACGAAGUAGCCUGAUAAAGAAUAGGUUGCUGGAUAAAGGUGGCAAUGUUAUUGAAGAAACGAAUAGCGAAGUAGAUAAUAUCUUGGAAUUCAAUUCUCAAUUUCUUAAGAGCGUGGGCCCAAUAAAGAUUCCUGGAAGUUUUGUCAAUGAAGGUAUAUCUCUUUUAAAAGUUUCUCAUAAGUCAAAAAAGAGAAUAAAUUUAAAGUUGGAUACAAAAAGCUUUAAUUUUAUGUGGAAAAAUGCUUUUAAUUCAGCUUCUAUGCCAACUUCUAGUUCAUUACAACGAUUAAUUGGAUCUGCGACACCUUAUCCAUUAAAAAGUAAGGUGUACGUUUUUUCUGUCGAUGACAUACGCUCGAUAAUCUUUCAAAGUGAUGCUGCUAAUUAUAGAGAGGAGCUUCAUAUUUCGAAAGGCUUUGAAGAUCAGUGGAUUACAAUUGUAUAUUUUAAUGCGAAGAAAGGAAAAUUGAAGUCAUUACAUCUUGUGGCAGAUACAGAGCAUGAGUUCAGAAAACUAUGUUCAAUAAUUCUGAGCUUGGUCAAAUUGAGAGAUGAUUUGGCAAAGAAUUUUUUUAUCGAUCUUAAUGAUAUGGAUGAAGAUCAAAGAAACUUGAUUUUUCAAAAAGCGGACGAAAAUGGAGAAAAAAGUGUUAGGCAGUAUUUAACAUUUGAUGAUAUUCUCAAGUAUUCUAAAAGACUUCAUAUGAAUAUGAAUGAUAGUUACUUGAAAGAAAAAUUUGAUCUCGUUGCGUCUGGUAAUGAAACAUCUGAUAAGAGCCUAGGUUUGAACUUUGAGCAAUUUAAGAAGUUUGUGUCUAUCCUCAAGAGGAGAGAUGAUAUUGACGAGGUAUGGUCAUCUAUCUGUGGCAAGAAUAAAACUAUGGGAUAUGAUUUGUUUAAGCAUUUCACUGCUAAUAUUCAAAAGGAAACUUUUUCUGAAGAGCAAUUGCUGAAGUUAUUCACUAAAUUUUGCAUGGAAAAUAAGGACUACUGGAGACCAGAGAAUUUUAAUAAUUUCUUAUUGUCUAAAUACUCUUCGCCUUUGCAUAAUCUUGGAGAUGAUGUUGAAUAUUUUAGUCAUCCUUUGAAUGAGUACUACAUAUCUUCGUCACAUAAUACUUAUUUGACGGGCCGCCAAUUUGUGGGUGAAUCAUCUGUCGAAGGUUAUAUAAAGGCGUUGCAAAGAGGCUGCAGAUGUGUUGAAAUUGAUGUGUGGGAUGGAACGGAUGAUAUGAACAGUUCUCAUCUGAGCGAGCCAGUAGUUUGCCAUGGAAGGUCCUUUACUACAGCAAUAUUGUUUGAAAAUGUCAUUAAAACAAUAAAAAAAUAUGCAUUUCAAAUGACACCAUUUCCUUUAAUCUUAAGUCUUGAAAUUCAUUGCUCUCCUAACAAUCAACUUAAGGUCGUAAAGAUAUUGGAAGAUAUUCUAGGUGAAGCAUUAAUUAGUAAACCAAUCGAAGAUAGACCUAUUUUGCCAUCGCCUAUGCAAUUGAAACAUAGGAUUUUAGUAAAAGUGAAGAAAACAAGUCCCUUUAUCAACUUGAUUACGGAAAAUGGUCUUAUUUUUUCAUCUAGCACUUCCACAUCAACCACAACAUCUUUUAGCGAAGAUAACAACAGCAGUCGGAGCUCUUUCAUCCAAAGAAAAACUAGAAGCACCAAAAUUUUGGAUGACCUCAGUAGCCUCGGCAUCUACUUGCAGGGUUUGAAAUUUAGGAACUUCUCCUUACCAGAAUCGAAGACACAUAAUCACUGUUUUUCACUAGGAGAAAAAUCAGUCAAUGCAAUGCUAAAAGAUGACACGAGAAAGGCAUCUAUUGAUAAACAUAACAGGAAAUACUUCAUGCGAGUCUAUCCUUCAAAGAUACGAUUGAAAUCUUCGAAUUUUAGCCCCAUACCCUACUGGUCACAUGGAGUUCAAAUGGUCGCUACGAACUGGCAAACUUAUGAUCUUGGACAGCAAUUAAACGAGUCAAUGUUUCAAGGCGUUCGUGAGAAUGGAUUUGUGCUUAAACCUCAAGAGUUGAGAAAACCAUUGAUAAAGUCAGUGUCUUCACAAACCCUGCCUAAGGAAAGCAUAUCAACUAAACACAUGUAUCGCUUUAGCCUUGAAGUUAUUAGUGCACAUCAACUUCCUAGACCGAAAGGUUCGCUUCGGGCUAUCAAUCCUUUCAUCACAGUGGAAAUAAUUGGUGCCAAUAAAAUCGAUUGGGAUUCGAAUAGUUUCACACGAUCGACACCGAUUGUAGCAGAGAAUGGCUUUAAUCCCACUUGGAAUGCUGUAUUCAGUGGCUCUUUCCGAACCACCAAUGACUUGGUUUUUUUGCGACUAAUAGUAAAUUCAUCCUCGAGUCCAUUGGAAGAAACUGACGUAAACACUAUUGGGAUAGAAGUUGUAAAACUAUCUCAACUUAAGCAGGGUCUUCGAUAUCUUCCCAUCAAUGAUCCACUAGGCGAAGCACUUCUCUAUUCCUCUUUGUUCGUCAAGAUCAACUAUUCUAUUUCGUAA